UGAUAAAUCGCAAGAUGCAACAUGCAUGCUGUAUUUCGUAUUUCAUUGUGGUAGAAACUAGAAAAUCCACUUGUGUCGAAAAAUACGGUACAUACAGUAGUAUUCAUUCUUUUACGCUUGUCGUUUUCAGUUUGUGAGAGUUUUGAAGCCUUAAAGAUUAUCCAGUUCUCAAUUGGAGGUAUCGUAUACGACGUAUAGCCAACGAACAAUAAAUUGCCAAGCGUUCUUACUGAAAACGUACAGAAUACUGCAUGAUAUGACAUUGUGUAACCAGAUAUUUCAUGCCAUCUUAUGUUCGGCCCUCGGAGUGAUGGUGGGCGCAGAUUUACGAGUCAACUACUGCAGAAAUGAAUGAAAUGAAUAACACCAGUGUGCUGCCUGAUUUUGUGAAACCAACUCACAACAUUUGCGUUUCGAGUUGGAAUGUCGCAAAUACAAGCACAUCCGUUCGGUGCCGAUACAAUGAUCAGCAAAUGUACCAAGCUUUCUUAUUCUACACUUUUGCGUAUCUGGUUCUUUUGUUCCUGUGCACAUUCGGGAAUCUUCUUAACCUGGUCAUCCUAACGCGCCGUUUACGAAAGUGGAAGACAUCGGCCCGCUGUUACAUGCUGGUUACAACGAUUGCUGACCUGGGUGUUCUAUGGUUGGGACUUCCGAGUUGCGUGUGGAAUAUUGGCAUGUUCUUUCGGCUAUCCUUUAAUUCCCCGAACAAUGAGCCAGUGAUUACGAUGCUGACGGGAGUGACUUUGUGGGCUCAACAAGCCUGCAUGCGCUGGUCUGACUGGGUUCUUGUGGUUUUUUCGCUUGAAAGAUCGUUAAUCAUUAUGUAUCCGUUCCGAUUCAAACCUUUACAGCAAAUUCGGGCAGCACGGAUGGCCAGUGGCAUUCUGGCCGCAGUGUCCGCGAUAUAUGGCAUAUUUGCUUUUGUGCAGCAUUAUUUGUAUUACCAACACCAAAAUUACGAUGUUAUGACCAAGCUCCACAAUGCUCCUUAUUGGUUUCUGCCAUGGCUAGAGCUGGAUAAUACUGCGAAAGUCAUUGUGCAAGUGUUGACCUUUUUCCUUAUCCUGGCUCCGAGUGUUUUUCUGAUGGUGUUCCUUGGCCACCAGCAGGAUACGAGAAUGAUUGAAAUGCGGUCACAACAACAAGCUAGGCACAACCAGAAAUUCCAGCGCAGCAGAUCUCACACCCCUGUUGGUACAAACAUCAUCUUAGUGAGCAGUGCGGUUCUGUAUCUCGUCACCAGAUUUCCGCACGUCGUCAAGAUGUGCCUCUUCCAGUUGGCCGACUCCCAUUAUGACUGGUCUGUGGUGUAUUAUGUCUCAGCGUUCACGGAUGUCGCCGUGUAUGUCGGGUAUUCCUUUACUUUCUUCAUCUAUCUCCUCACCGAAAAGAGCUUCCGAAUGCAUUUUAUCCAACUAAUACAGCCGUUGUUGCCCCAGGAUAAUUCUCAUGUGCACUAUACCGGACGCAAGUGGGUUUGUAGAUGCAUCGAGAUUGGUCAAUCAACAUCGGCUUCAGCUGCUGAAAUACAUGGAAAGUAAAUCCAAUGACAUGACGACGAUAAAUUAGCCAACAAACAAUUCGCAUUGUGAAUCCCUAAAUCUAGCUGGCGAGAAGAACUUGAUCACGUUUUGGGCGUGAUGUUGGUUGAUAAUGUUUUUCUACUGUCACUUCACAUAAAAUGAAUAAACAGUUAUUGGAAACGUUUUACCUUUACCUGAUUAUUCAACACUUACCUCUGUACACUAUUAACGAAGAAAUAUUACAAAGGUCGACGCUUACUGACCUUAAG